CAGGAUCUACAGCAGCGACAUCGGGAUGUCAUUCGGGCUUGAGAAAUGUAGUCGGAUGGUGACUAAGAGAGGAAAGGUAGUCCGCACUGAAGGGGUCUCACUCCCUGAAGGGACAAUAGCAGACAUUGAGGACAGCUACAAGUACCUUGGUAUACCACAAGCCAAUGGCAACCUCGAACUGGCCACAAGGAAAGCGGCUACGGCCAAAUACCUCCAGCGAGUGAGGCAAGUCCUAAGAAGCCAGCUCAAUGGCAAGAAUAAGACCCGGGCAAUAAACAGCUAUGCCCUGCCAGUGAUCAGAUACCCUGCAGGAAUAAUAAGGUGGCCAAAGGAAGAGAUUCAGACCACGGAUGUUAAGACUCGAAAGCUCCUAACCAUGCAUGGAGGGUUCCAUCCCAAAUCCAGCACCCUGAGACUGUACGCAAGCCGAAAGGAUGGAGGCCGGGGACUAGUGAGUGUGAGAGCCACUGUCCAGGAUGAAACAUCCAAGCUCCAUGAAUACAUCAAGGAGAAGGCUCCAACGGAUGACGUACUCAGAGAAUGUCUCAGACAAUGGGGAACAGAAGAUGAGGUGCUGGAAGAGGGACCAUCAUGGGAGGACAAGCCCCUACACGGGAUGUACCACCGGACCAUAACUGAAGUGGCUGAUCUCAAGAAGUCCUAUCAGUGGCUCGAGAGGGCUGGCCUGAAGGACAGCACAGAGGCACUCAUCCUGGCUGCUCAGGAGCAGGCCUUGAGCACCAGAGCCAUCGAGGCCCAGAUAUACCACACCAGACAAGACCCAAGGUGUAGGUUGUGCAAAGAGGCACCUGAGACGAUCCAACACAUAACUGCAGGGUGUAAGAUGCUGGCAGGGAAAGCCUACAUGGAACGCCAUAACCAGGUGGCUGGCAUAGUCUACCGAAACAUCUGUGCGGAGUAUGGACUGGAAACCCCAAGGUCAAAAUGGGAAACACCUCCGAAGGUGGUGGAGAAUGACAGAGCGAAGAUCCUGUGGAACUUCCAGAUCCAGACUGACAAGAUGGUAAUGGCGAACCAACCAGAUAUCGUGAUCAUAGAUAAAGGGCAGAGGAAAGCCGUUGUCGUGGAUGUAGUGGUCCCAAGUGAUGGAAACAUCAGAAAGAAGGAACAUGAGAAACUCAAGAAAUACCAAGGGCUCAGAGAGGAGCUGGAGAAAUCCUGGAAGGUAAAGGUGACAGUCAUGCCUGUGGUGGUCGGAGCACUCGGGGCAGUGACCCCCAAACUAGAUGAGUGGUUGCAACAGAUCCUGGGAACAACAUCGGACAUCUCAGUCAAGAAAUGUGCAGUGCUGGGAACAGCAAGGAUACUGCGCAGAACCCUCAAGCUUCCUGGCCUCUGGCAGAGGACCCGAGCUGAAUGAGGGACGGACAGCACCCGAGGGG